AUGCCUCCGAAAGCUGCAUCUGCGUCUGACGCCGGCAAACCGACCGGAACGUGGGACAACGUCGACUUCCUCAGGGAGCUCCUCGUGGCCUUUUACCAGGUGGGAAACAACAACUUCAACCCGCAAAUCAACAAUGCGAUUGUGGAGUAUUUGGCUGCUCAAGGCUACGAAACUUCGUGGAGUGCUAUCCGGUAG